GCAGCAAGUAGAGACUGUGCAUUCCAUAUCCAGUACAAUUCUUCAAACCAAAGGAGUAGGAGCAGACAUAUGUUGAAAUAAUGCCUGUGCAUUUCAUUAUGAAAUCAAAGAUGGGAGAUACCGAAGUUGAAAAUGAGAUCUUGGACUACGAGGAGGAUGAUAAUGAAACCACCACAGAGGGGGCCGCUGGUGAUGGGCAAGUCAAGAAAGAUGUCAAAGGAACAUAUGUAUCCAUACACAGCUCUGGCUUCCGAGACUUCCUGCUUAAACCAGAACUGCUGCGAGCCAUUGUAGACUGUGGGUUUGAGCAUCCGUCAGAAGUUCAGCACGAAUGCAUUCCCCAGGCCAUCCUCUCCAUGGAUGUGUUGUGCCAGGCUAAGUCUGGUAUGGGAAAGACUGCUGUGUUUGUGCUGGCGACUCUUCAGCAACUUGAGCCUGUUGACGGACAGGUAUCAGUUUUGGUUCUUGCCCACACACGUGAGCUGGCCUUCCAGAUCAGCAAGGAGUAUGAGAGGUUCAGUAAGUACAUGAACAACGUCAAGAUCGCCGUGUUCUUCGGUGGAAUGUCGGUGAAGAAAGAUGAAGAGGUGCUGAAGAAGAACUGCCCACACAUUGUGGUGGGAACCCCUGGUCGUAUCCUUGCCCUCACACGUAACAAGACUCUGAGUCUGAAGCACAUCAAACACUUCAUCCUGGACGAGUGCGACAAGAUGCUGGCGGAAUUGGAUAUGAGACGAGAUGUCCAAGAAAUUUUCCGCCUGACGCCACACGAGAAACAAGUGAUGAUGUUCAGCGCCACUCUCAGCAAAGAUGUCCGACCGAUCUGCAAGAAGUUCAUGCAAGAUCCGAUGGAAGUGUACGUUGACGACGACUCGAAGCUGACCCUGCAUGGUUUGCAACAGCACUACGUCAAACUGAAGGACAACGAGAAGAACAGGAAGCUGUUCGAACUGCUUGACGUGCUUGAGUUCAACCAGGUGAUCAUCUUCGUGAAGAGCGUACAGCGAUGCAUGGCCCUGGCUCAGCUCUUGAUCGAACAAAACUUCCCAGCUAUUGCCAUCCACAGAGCUAUGACCCAAGAAGAGAGGUUAUCGCGGUACCAGCAGUUCAAAGACUUCCAGAAGAGAAUUCUGGUUGCAACCAACUUGUUCGGCCGAGGCAUGGACAUUGAGCGAGUCAACAUUGUCUUCAACUACGACAUGCCUGAAGACUCUGACACAUACCUUCACAGGGUUGCCCGAGCUGGAAGGUUUGGUACCAAGGGGUUGGCCAUCACAUUUGUGUCGGAUGAGAAUGAUGCCAAAAUUCUCAACGACGUCCAGGAGAGGUUCGAGGUGAACAUCACUGAGCUGCCAGAUGAGAUCGACAUCUCCUCAUACAUUGAGGGACGUUGAGUGCUAUCCACCCUGUCUGAAGUAGUCAACCACCAGCCAUUGUACUGUGAACAGUUUUAUACUGAGAUUUAUUAUGGUUUUAUCACUUUGUGUUUGUACAUUUUAAAGAAGAUAUCUCACUUUAUGUUGUCAUCAUUUCACUGUAAAUAUCAAGAACAAAAUAAAUGUCAAGAUUUUAAAUGUG